AUGUCUCGCUCCCCGUCCCCUGAAGCUCGCGCUGUGGCCUUCGAUGCCGCCACCGCCUUGGCGUCCAGUUUCCCGGAUCGCCUCUACUCCCUCCGGCUCGCCGCACUCUCCACCCUCGUCAACCUGGAGAUGAGGAUUGUCUGCAUCGCCCGUGCCGAGCCCCCUCUGUCGGACGACGCCCCUCCGGACGAGAGUUCCGCAUGGCUCUCGUGGGCUCGCGAGGUGGCGCUUGCUCGAGCUAUCUUCCUGGCGAACCAGGAGUACGCGCUGGGGCAGGGUCACCCGCGGGUUGAGAUGCGCCCCGAGACCCUCGUCAUCCUCGGCUCGCUCCUGACUCGUCUUAACGAGUAUGCGGAGGUCGACUCCGUUUACCAGCGGACCCUCGAGGUCCUCGUUGAAGACCUCACCACCCCGGCCCUCCUCGUCGGUACCGAAGCGCGCUGGGCCAGUACGUACUUCAAGGUCGCCGAGUCCGUCCUGUCCCCCUUCGACUCUGUUCCGGAUGCUCCACCCAUCCCCGCGCCAGCCGCCGUUCCUGUCGCCUCGCCCGCUCAUUCCGGGCCUCGAUGGUCUCCGCGUGCGUCCCCUGCUCCCCGGUCUGCCUCGUCCUCCCCGUUCGCCCGCCUUUCCCCGCCUCCGGCCCCUCCUAUCGACGUUGACAUGCUGGACGCGGUGGCCACCGACUCCGAUGAUGAGGGGCCUCCACCUCUCCCCGAGCCGCCCCUCCCUCUUUUCCUUCCGUUGCCGUCCGCUCGUGUCCCCUCCCCCGAUCGCCGUCCUCAGCCCCGCUCCAUCGCCAUCUCCCGCCCCCGACUCCGCUCCACGUCGCCUCCCCCGUCUCAUCGUUCACCCUCCUCGCCCGCCCGCAUCGGCGAAAAGUCGCGAGCUAUAUCUAGCUAUAGAUAG